GAUGGGUAAAGAAUGCCGAUGGUUAUGGUACUUAUCAUCCUUACGGACUGAGGGUUCAAAAAAGAUUCGAAGAUGAAGGUUUAGAUGUUGAGGUUACUGUUAGUGGUGUUCCCGGUGAAUGUGUUGUCCAAUCUAUGGAAGAAAGACUAAAGCAUGAAUUAGAACAACCGGGUAAAUGGUAUGACUGGGUCGUCAUCCUAGGAGUAUUGGGAGUAACGAUUCCUGAAUUUGAAUGGGAUCUUGUAAAUCAUCUUGAUUAUCAGCGUCGUAUAGUAAACGAACACCUAAACGUGUACAAUAACAGCACCACAAGGAAUGCAUACACACUCUUCCUCCUUGACAAAUUUUUCCCUAUGCAUUCUUUAACAACUGAACAGCGUAGAAUUUUUUGGGAUCAUGAUGGUAUUCAUCCCACAGAGGACGGUUAUAGUUUAAUGGGUGAUAUG